UUGAAGACGACGUCACCCUCACCAGCAGUUUGUGGAGUCCCUUGCUGCGGCUGAGCCUGCCCCACUGCCAAGAUGAUCCUGACACUGCUGCUCGGCCUCGGAGGGCCCCUGGGCUGGGGGCUGCUGGGGGCCUCGGCCCAGGCCCCAGGUAGCGGGCUCUCGGAUCCACACAACCCAAGGCCGCCUGGGGUCUGGAGGGCGGAGGCUGAGGACACCGGCAGGGACCCCAGCAGAAGUAACUGGUGCCCUUACCAGAAGUCCAGGCUGGUCACCUUUGUAGCUGCUUGCAAAACGGAGAAAUUCCUCGUCCACUCACAGCAGCCAUGUCCACAGGGGACUCUGGACUGCCAGAAAGUCAAAGUCAUGUAUCGCAUGGCACACAAGCCGGUGUACCAGGUCAAGCAGAAGGUGCUGGCCUCCGUGGCCUGGAGGUGCUGCCCCGGCUUUGCGGGCCCUGACUGCCAGCACCAUGAUCCCACGGCAAUCCCUGAGCCUGAAGAUCUAGGUGAUGGCCUCCAGGAGCCUUGGGAUGGGCCAGUCGGCUUUGAACCUGGCCACCCGGCGGCUGCGCCCAGCAACAUCAUGGAGCGGCAGGAACACUUGCUGGGAGAUCUCCAGAAUGACAUUCACCAGGUGGCAGACGGCCUCCCGGGCCAGUGGAAGGCCCUGGCAAGCAAUCUCACAGCUGCCACGAUCGAGGCAAAUCAGACAGAGCCUGAGGCGCCUGGCAGAUCCUUGGAGCAAGUGCUACUGCCCCACGUGGACGCCUUCCUACAGGUGCAUUUCAGCCCCAUGUGGAGGAGCCUCAACCAAAGUCUGCACAGCCUCUCCCAAGCCAUAAGAAACCUGUCUCUUGAUGUGGAGGCCAACCAACAGGCCAUCAAGGGGGUCCAGGAGAGCUCGGUGGCCAGGGCUGACUUCCAGGAGCUUGGGGCCAAAUUUGAGAGCAAGGUCCAGGAGAACGCCCAGAGAGUGGGGCAGUUGCGGCAGGACGUGGAGGAACGCAUGCACGCCCAGCACCUCUCCCUGCAGCAGUCGCUCUCCCAGGUCGAGGCGGACGUGGACGCCAAGUUGAAGAGGUUCCUUAAGGCCCAGGAGCCGGUGGGGGCCAACGGCAGCCUGGUCCCGGCCGCGGCAGGGGCAGGGGCAGGGGCAGGGGCCAGGCCAGAGCCGGAGAGCCUGCAGGCCAGGCUGGGCCAGCUGCAGAGGAACCUGUCGGCGCUGCACACGGCCGCCGGCCGCAGGGAAGAGGAGUUACAGAGCACCCUGGCGGACAUGAGGGCCACGCUGGCGCAGCACGUGGAUGAAAUCAAGGAGCUGUAUUCGGAGUCCGAUGAGACCUUCGAUCAGAUCAGCAAGGUGGAGCGGCAGCUGGAGGAGCUGCAGGUGAACCACACGGCGCUGCGCGAGCUGCGCAUCAUCCUGAUGGAGAAAUCGCUGAUCAUGGAGGAGAACAAGGAGGAGAUGGAGCGGCAGCUCCUGGAGCUCAACCUCACCCUCCAGCACCUGCAGGGCGGCCACGCCGACCUCAUCAAGUACGUCAAGGACUGCAACUGCCAGAAGCUCUACUUCGACCUGGACGUCAUCCGCGAAGGCCAGAGGGACACCACGCGCGCCCUGGAGGAGGCGCAGGUGAGCCUGGACGAGCGGCACCAGCGCGACGGCUCGUCCCUGCAGGCCCUGAGCGGCACGGUGGCGGCGCUGUCGCGGGCGGUGGACGCGCAGUCCACCCCGGCGGGGCUGGCGCAGGAGCUGGAGCGCCUGGACGCCGACCUCCGGCGGGUGGGCCUGUGCUGCGAGGCUUCGGGGGCCUCCCCCCGCAACCGCUCCCUCGAGGGCCUCCACGAGGCGCUGGCCGCCACCGAGCGCGACUUGGAGCACCACCAGCGCCUCUUCCACAGCCUCUUCGGAAACUUCCAAGGGCUUGUGGCUGCCAACGUCAGCCUGGACCUGGGGAAGCUGCAGACCAUGCUGAGCAGGAAAGGGAAGAGGCAGAAGGGUCCGGAAGCUCCCCGGAGGAGGGACAGGAAGCAAGCGGAGACUUGGACGGAUGAGCCUGUCCAAAGGCGGGUGCUCUGGGAGGCAGGCUCCCCUGUGGCCUUCUAUGCCGGCUUUUCAGAAGGCACGGCUGUGCUGCAGACAGUCAAGUUCAACGCCACUUACAUCAACAUUGGCAGCAGCUACUUCCCUGACCAUGGCUACUUCCGAGCCCCUGAGCGUGGGGUCUAUCUGUUUGCGGUGAGCGUUGAAUUUGGCCCGGGGUCAGGCGCCGGGCAGCUGGUGUUUGGAGGUCACCAUCAGACCCCUGUCAGUUCCACCGAGGAGGGGAGGGGUAGAAGCACGGCCACGACCUUCGCUAUGGUCGAGCUGCAGAAAGGCGAGAGGGUGUGGUUUGAGUUAACCCAGGGAUCAGUCAUCAAGAGAAACCCACCAGGCACUGCAUUCGGGGGAUUCCUGAUGUUCAAGACCUGAACGCCGGGCACAGCCCUGACCAGACGUCGUGGACUCACCCAGCUCUCCUUGGCCUGGAGCUCUGGCCAGGGUUGGUCUGGAGACCAUCCAGUUGGUCUAGCUCUUCCUGGAAAACUUCUGCAAAGACGAUGCGGUGUUUGGGGCCUUCCUCUAGAUACACUGGGUUUGCCUGUUUCUUAAUGACGAGAAGAACUGGAAGGCUUCUGUCUGGGCAGAACCUGGCCCGGGGAAGUGUGAACCUUAGCUUGGCGUGCCGUCUGAGGCAGGAUGGCAUCGUGGGCUUCAGCUCUUUGCCACACCCUGGGUCCUGCAGCUUCUUUGGUGUGUUGCUCCUCCUGUGGUUGGAAACUUUAGAACUUUCUCCCACUUCUUCUCCCUAAUCUUAUGCUAGAAAAUCAUUCCUCCCCAGAAGGACUAUGUUUAAAAUGGAGGCGACAUCUUGGACAAUGUUGGAAACCAGUCUCCACCCACUACAGGACAGUAGGAGAAAACCGACCUGUUUGGCUUCUAUUAGAAAUGGGGACAAAGGCCUCGUUGAGUUAACCAAAGGAAACAAAAUUCCCUUUCCCUCAGUUUCGGUCCUUCCUCGAAUUUAUCUGUAACCUUAAUUCCACUUCUUUUUCUCCUUGCCUCCACAUGAUAAAGACGAAGACAUGCCAAAACAUGAACUAAAAUGUGUACAGCCUUCACCCUUUUUACUUCCUCCACUCGCUGAUGACCAUCCUCAUUCUCAUGAGCAUCUCUAACCAGGAAGGAGGCUGAGGGAGGUAGGGAAGGACGAUUGUCAAAAUCUCCUUCGGUAAUGAUCAGCUCUGGAAUAAAGCAAUGCCCUUCAAAUCUC